UUCUUGGGUACCUAGAAGAAGACGAGGAGGCAGCAGAGAAGAGAAGUGACGCGCCCGCCCCUGCUGGCCCGGUCCACGGGGCCCAGCGUAGAAAUUUCCUUACUUUUCUGAGUAGAAAUCAGUAUGGUCUCUCUGUUUUCCUUUGGGUUUUCUCCAGCAAAUUCAGCCAAGUUGAUCGCUUCUUCACUUUCCAACUGGGUCUUGUUUGCAUUUGCUCUUUCCUGCCAUUCUCUACUGACAUUUCUCCCGAUUCCUCUUCUUGACUGUUGUCUCUCCUCAGUUUUCUUUUCCCUAUUUCCACCCCAAUUCCGCUUCUUUCUUAUAUGAGAAUCGCAGUCACUUCCUUUUGUUUUAGGCCUUUUCAGGCUCCAAUUCCAUCAAUCGAGGUUUAACAAUGUAGAAGUUGCUUGAAGAAGGACAAGAAGAAUGAAUUGUUGUUGUUUUCCUUUCAAAGAUUGCUCCAAGUCCCUGGAAGGCAAAUCACCGCCUGAGUUGAAAAACCAGAACAAUGAACCAGAAGCUCCGGCUACAAAUCUGGUUUUAAACUCAGCAGAUUCAGUGUCUUUGCCGCCGAAGAGCUUAACGGAAACGUUCGAAGAGAAGCAGCGGGAUUUGAGGGUUUUCUCCUUCUCAGAGCUCAAAAUUGCCACUAAUUCUUUCGACAAGUCCCUAAAGAUUGGAGAAGGUGGAUUUGGAAGUGUGUUCAAGGCUACAGUUAGUCCUUCUCAUGGUCAAGGAGAUCCGAUUGUUGUUGCCAUUAAAAGGCUUGACCAACAUGCCUUCCAAGGACAUAAACAAUGGCUUGCUGAAGUUAAAUAUCUGAGCAUUCUCAAUCACCCAAACCUUGUAAAACUUAUAGGAUACUGUUCUGAAGAUUGGGAAAGAGGGCUACAUUGUCUAUUGGUAUAUGAGUAUAUGCCCAAUAAGAGCUUAGAAGACCAUCUUUUCAGCAGCACAUUAGCACCUCUGGCUUGGAAAAGAAGACUAGAAAUAAUUCUUGGCACAGCAGAAGGAUUGGCUUACCUGCAUGGGGGAUUCAAAGUCCAGGUUAUACAUCGAGAUUUCAAAUCUUCAAAUGUGCUCUUGGAUGAAAACUUCAAGCCAAAGCUUUCAGACUUUGGGAUUGCUAGGGAAGGUCCAACUGGUGACCGAACUCAUGUAUCCACAGAUGUGGUUGGAACAUUUGGAUAUUCUGCCCCAGAAUAUGUUGAGACUGGCCAUCUUACUUUCAAGAGUGACAUAUAUAGUUUUGGUGUAGUGCUAUAUGAGGUGUUAACAGGCAGGAGGACUGUGGAUAGAGACCGCCCCCCAAUGGAGCAGAGGCUUGUGGAAUGGGUGCAGCGGUACCCAGCAGACAGCAACAUGUUUAGCAGGAUCAUUGACCGACGACUUGGAAACCAAUAUUCUCUUCCCACGGCUCAGAAGAUUGCCAAGUUGGCAGAUAGUUGCCUUAAAUGGUCACCGAAAUAUCGGCCUACAAUGACUGAAGUCGUGGAGAGCUUGAAAGAAGCAAUACAAGAUUCUGGAGGAGGAAGAAGUUCUCCAGAGCAUCCGCACCCAAGCUGGCCCCCAAAUGGGAAUCAUGGAAACUGUUUUCCAGUUACCUCAACCAAGUGAAACUUCAAUGAGGAUAGGUAUAAAUGGUUGGACCUCAAAUGUGUAGCAGCAGGAAUCGUUCACCUCGUGACUAAGAGGUUUGAAUCUCAAAUUCAUGCAUUUUACACGUCUAUUGUAAUUUUUUGGGGUCAAGUGAUAAACGUUAUUAUUCAUGAAAUGAUGAUGUUCUUUUUGCUUUUCAUUUUGUAAGAGGUUAGUCAUUGAUUGUGGAAGAGGGCAAUGUGAGAGGCAUUAGUGACCUUGGUAGCAUGAGUGGAUUUUUGUGUACAUUUUGACUGUAAAUCAUUAGAUUUGGAACUUGAA